AUGACGGCCGUUCUACCCCAAGGACUAAUUAAUGCCAAUCCCAAUGUCCAACAGUAUGCUUUGGACGAUUUCCACGUCGACUUCACCAAUGCAGAAGUGCUCAGCAAGUUUUGGAAAGUUUAUGCCAUCCAGAGCGCGGCGACACAAGACAAUGCCUCUGCGAGGUUGCGGAAUCUGUUCUGGAGGGUAUGGAGUAGCCCGACCCUUACCAAGUCCAUGACAUCUGCACGACUGAUGCGCUUAUGGUCUCUGUGUACUCAAGACGUGGACUUGACCCCGAUUGAAGAUGAUACCAACGCCAGGCGGGUCCCCGAACUUAUUACACAGACAACAGGUGCCACUCCACGUACCAGGCCAAAUGUUGCACCCACGCUGCAAGAAUUUAGAUUUCCUUCCGUGGCGGCCAAUACAGGUGACGAGGAACGCCAGCCUUCCCGUGGACAGCCCAACGGACGGGGCCGAAUGCAGUCUGAAGAUGCCUCAGGGUCUGGGUCUCACGCCACCUCCGAAUCGUCUACCCGACCGACCUUGAGCAGAACCACUAGCGGUGGACGACAAAGGCCGCCUGUUCUGGCGACUGCUGGAAAGUCGAGGGCGAGGCCUCAAAUCCCCCGCAGAAAAUCCAGUUCGCAAAAAUCCCCAGGAGGCCCAAGCGGACCAAAAUCUCCAAGGGCAAAGUCGGGCGCUGCCACAGUCGACGUCACAAUUCAGGACACCAGCGGAGGUGUCGGCGCUCUCACUAACAGAGGACCGCCUCCUGGCUUGCCAAUUGUCCCUUCGAACACUGUCCCGCCUCUGCCCACGUCUUCGGGUGAACUGGUUGAGCCGGAUUUCCGAGGCAAAUUUGUGGAAACACAGAAGAAGCUGGUGAGCUCGACAAACCUUGCCGGCCUUAACCGAAUCAAAAAGACAGGUAGUGUUGUCAGGUUCGCGGAUGAGUUGCCCCAGGAACUGCGCAAGGGAAAGGAAAGGGAGAAGGAAGCGACAAUCCCGACCCGAGACGAAGCGCCUGGAUCCUCACGACUGCGCAGGAGCAUAUCCAGUGAAGCAGUUUCGGAUGAUGCCGACGACGAUGACUCGUCUUUGGAAAACAUGCAACUCCCACGAACCAAGAGCCAGCUCAGCCUUCUGAUUCAGACCAAAAGAGAUGAAACAGGGAGCUCGGAUAUUGGACCUGCCGGAGAACCGGAGAACAACAAGGGGAAAGAGCAGGCAAAAGAGAAAGCCCAGUCCAGAGAAGAAGAUCUCCUAUCAAUGGGUCGACGAGACGGCGUGACAAAGGCUGGCGGCGUCCAGGGACGCAAACAGCAUCGGAUCAGCGAAACUGAAGACCCUGGAUACUUCUCACCGUCAAGCCCUGAGCCUCUGUUCUGA